AUGACAAUGGCCGCCGAAACACCAGGCCAGCGCCCCAGCGGCCCCGACGGCCCCGUCAUCCUGACCCUCUCCCCCGCCGAACUCUCCACCCGCACCCUCAGCACCCACACCAUCCAACGCGCGCUCCACGCCCUCCACUCGGACGGCCUCGUCGCCCUCGCCAACGCCGUCUCGCCCGCCCACCUCUCCGCGCUCAACGAGCGCAUGCAGCGCGACGCCGCGCAGCUCCUCGGGCAACCGGCCGGCGUGCACCGCAACUUCGGCGCCGCGACGGGCAACAUCCAGCAGGAGCCGCCGACGACGCCCUCGCUCGUGUACGCCGACGUCAUCGCCAAUUCCUUCGCCACCCAGCUCACCGAGUGCGUCCUCGGGCCCCGCCCCGUGCUGCGCUUCUACUCGGCGAACACGGCGGCGCGCGCCGAGGGCCGGCAGCCGGUGCAUGUCGAUCUGGAGUUCGGCGGCUAUCCGACGCAGUUUGCCUUUGGGUAUUGCGUCAACGUGUGCUUGGACGAGGUUGGGCUGCAGAACGGGGCGACCGAGGUGUGGCUGGGCAGCCAUCUGGUGGCCAUGGCCGAGGGUCGGGACUGCGUGGAUGUGAUUGACGGGAGGAUGGCGAGUGUCGAGGAGAGGAGGAGAGUCCGGCCGCCGGUGAGGACGUGCUUGCCCAAGGGGGCGUUGGUGAUCCGGGACUUCAGGCUGUGGCAUGCGGGGAUGCCCAACCUGACGGAUGUGCCGAGGGUUAUGCUGGUCACAAUCCAUUUUGCGAGGUGGUGGAGAAGCAAGCUGAAGAUCAAAUUGGAGGAGGGCUCGAGAGGGAAGAUCGAGUGGGGCGGGCUGGAGCCGGCUGUGGAAUGGGUGGGGGACGGGCACGAGUAUCUGAAGGGGGCGCAUGACUUCACAUUUGCGCAGGACGUGGACUAG